GUUGUGCCAGUUGUGCCAGUUGAGCCAGGUGUGCCUGGUGCACACAUGCAUGCACUCUCGAGAGCAGCUCCAGUGGGCCUGCGUGGGGACCAAGCAGUAACAAAAGCAGCUGCGACGUAACUUGCAUGUAAGCAGAGGGCUGAUUGAUGGAAGACUGCCAGACUGCCAGAACCACGGCCAAUGCAGACCGGCGCAUCCAGCCUCCAGCAUCAUCCGCCCCACUAACCUAGGCACCGUCAACUGCAACACCAACAGAGAGCGACAUUGGCACAACUGGCGAUAGUCCAAGCCAACAUGCUUCUGCUCGACUAUCAGAAUGUGCUGCUGCAGUCAGUACUGACUGAACGAUUCUCUGGAGCUCCCCCCGUCUCCAUCGAUCAGGUCGUCUCCGACUUCGACGGCGUCACCUUCCAUAUCUCGACCCCCGAAACCAAGACACAGAUCCUCGUCUCCAUAAACAUCAGAUGCUACAAGGAAUUGGUCGCCUAUGGCGCUGAAGACGUCCUGCAAAGAGAAUACGGCCAAUAUGUGGUCGCCCCUGAGCCCGGCUACGACUUCUCCAUCUUGAUAGACCUAGAACACCUUCCCGAAGACAAAGACGCUCGCGAUGAGCUGGUGAGGAAGGUCUCCCUGCUGAAGCGGAACGCCAUGGCUGCUCCUUUCGAGGCCGCCUACCAGGAACACUACAAGCUCAAGGAGGCCGCCUCGAAAUACACUUCGGAAGAAGCACCUCAGGGUGUGAGGGAGGGCGGUGAGGUCAUGUCCAUCCACUACCGUGAGGAGGAAGCCAUCUACGUCAAAGCCAGCCACGAUCGUGUGACGGUUAUCUUCAGCACAAUCUUCAGGGAAGAGACAGAUCGCGUCUUCGGAAAGGUCUUUAUCCAGGAGUUCGUUGACGCGCGAAGAAGAGCUAUCCAGAAUGCGCCGCAAGUGCUGUUCCGGAAUGACCCGCCUUUGGAGCUCCAAGGCGUCCCAGGAGUUACUGCCAGCAGCGGAGGAGAGAUCGGUUACGUUACCUUCGUCUUGUUCCCACGCCACCUUACACCGCAGCGGAUGCCCGAUGUCAUCUCGCACAUUCAGACAUUCAGGGACUACUUCCACUACCAUAUCAAGGCGUCCAAGGCAUAUAUCCACUCCCGUAUGAGACGGAGAACGGCCGACUUUCUUCAAGUUCUCCGAAGAGCCAGGCCAGAGAACGAGGAAAAGGAAAAGAAGACGGCAAGCGGCCGGACGUUCAGGGCUGGGGCCUGAGCAAAGAAGGUAUAGUGAGCAAGUGCAUGUGGACUCGGACACGUACACUUGUUGGUACUGCUGACCAUAUGGCUGAGGGUGGUAUCUCAUCCGACCAACAUAAAAUAAAAUCACACCCUCAAAAGAAUCUGUUUUUUUUCCCUCCAGCUUCCGCUAUGUGCAAUGGCGCCCUUGACGCGGAUGAUGCUCAUGACGCUAUCAACGUAGGUCAUAACUGCACUAUACGAACCUGAAGCCAGGCUUAGCUGGGGAUGUACGUGCAAUUGUUUCAUGACUAUAGAACGUGUGGAUAUACAAGGCCAUCCUGUGCAUUGCUCAAUAUCGCAGUUAAAAGCGUG